GACCGGAAGAAUCCUGGAGCCUGAGGUUCUGGUGGGACCCUGUGUAAUGAUUCCGCUCCAGUAAAUGUACAGCGCCCUGGCCAAUCCUGCGUUCGGGAACCCGGGCACAACAUCUCAGGCCAGGCGCUCACCCCCCGCCGCCGCCUCUGACCCGCGCUGCGCUCGCGAGUCCUUCCCGGGCCGCGGCUCAGCGCGGCGGGGUGCAGGGACGCCUUCUCUCCCUCUCGCCCAGCUCUGCACACUGCGAUCCAGAAACUCACCACACUACACUGGGAAGCAGAGACUCCAGCUAUGCUGCCCAGGUGGGAACUGACUCUCUGCCUGCUUGUUUCCUUGGGCUUCCACUUCCGCUCUUUCUAUGAAGUUUACAAAGUCUCCAGAGAGCAUGAAGAGGAACUGGAUCAAGAAUUUGAGCUUGAGAUGGACACUCUGUUUGGAGGACUGAAGAAGGACCCGACUGAUUUUGAGUGGAACUUCUGGAUGGAAUGGGGGAAGUGGAGGCUGGUGUGGCUCUUCAUUGGCCAUAUGGCUGUGUCUCAGUUGGCCACGUUACUCACAAAGAAGCACAGACCCUGGAUUGUCAUGGUCUAUGGAAUGUGGGCCUGCUGGUGCGUGCUGGGGGCGCCAGGCGUGGUCAUGGUCCUUCUCCACAGCACCAUCGCGUUCUGUGUGGCUCAGUUCCGAUCCGUGCUCCUGUCCUGGCUGUGUUCUCUCCUUCUGCUCUCCACCCUAAGGCUGCAAAGUGUGGAGGAAGUUAAGAGAAGGUGGUACAAGACAGAGAACGAGUAUUACCUGCUGCAGUUCACGCUCACUGUUCGCUGCCUGUACUACACCAGCUUCAGCCUGGAGCUGUGCCGGCAGCCUCCGUCUGCGCAACCUCCUCCGUCUGCGCAAGGUGUCUCCUAUUCCUACCCUUGGCUGCUGACCUACGUCUUCUAUUAUCCUGUCUUCCACAACGGGCCCAUCCUUAACUUCCCGGAGUUCUUCAGACAGAUGCAGCAGCCAGAGCUCAACUCUCUGCAGCACAGCCUCUGCAUUCUAGCCAAGGGCCUGGGCCGCCUGCUCUGCUGGUGGUGGCUGGCUGAACUGAUGGUACACCUCAUGUACAUGCAUGCCCUCUACAGCAGCACCCCACUCCUGGAGAGCGUUUCCUACUGGACCUUAGGAGGACUGGCACUGGCCCAAGUGAUCUUCUUCUAUGUGAAGUAUCUGGUGCUCUUUGGUGUUCCGGCUCUGCUCAUGCGCCUGGAUGGACUCACGCCACCACCUCUUCCCCGCUGCGUGAGCACCAUGUUCAGUUUUACCGGGAUGUGGAGGUAUUUUGAUGUUGGACUACACAAUUUCUUAAUCAGGUAUGUGUACAUCCCACUGGGCGGAUCCCAGCAUGGCCUGUUGGGGACACUGCUUUCUACCUCGACAACGUUUGCGUUCGUGAGCUACUGGCAUGGUAGCUAUGAGGACCUCUGGUGCUGGGCAGCUCUCAACUGGCUGGGAGUCACUGUGGAGAGUGGGGUCCGGAGGCUGCUAGAGACACCCUGUGUCCGGGAGACUUUGGCCCGGCACCUCUCCCCACAAGCCCGCCAUCGACUGCAUGCUCUGCUCGCCGCCUGCUCCACCUCCAUGCUCAUCCUCUUCAACCUGGUGUUCCUCGGGGGAAUUCAAGUUGGGAAAACCUACUGGAACAGGAUCUUCCUGCAAGGGUGGCCAUGGGUGACUCUGUCUGUCCUGGGAUUCCUGUACUGCUAUUCACACGUGGGCAUUGCUUGGGCUCAGACAUACACAGUUCUUUAACUGUGUAUGGCUGCUGGGUCAGCUCAGCCUCCAAGGGACAUGGCAUUUCAUCCUGAUCUCUCAUUCUGAGACCAUCCUCAAACCACCCUCCACUCCAGGACAGUCCCUGAGGGACCACCCUCCACUCCAGGACAGUCCC